UCACGUCUAACAAGGGCAGGAGAACCAGUCAUCAGUUGUAUUACUGAAAAUUUACGAAGGAGAUUUACGAAUUUUUAUACCUAUCACCAAGUUAGUCCUAGCUGCUUUGUGCCAAAAAACGCCGACCAACCGACUAAAUUUGUUCGUUAAAAAUGACCAAAGCCUGUGCUAAUGAACGAAGAGAGUUGGCCUUUCUGAUUGUGCUAUGUGUUCAGAUAGCAGUUGUGUUGAGUCAAGGAAAACCGAUCUACAACAUCGCGCACAUGGUGAACACCAUCUCGGAAGUGAAGAAGUACCUGGACAAAGGAGCUAACGGUAUCGAGACAGACGUCACGUUCCUACUUAACGGAACAGCACGCUGGGCCCACCAUGGUUUCCCUUGUGACUGUUUCAGGAACUGCGACCAGUACCAGGAUAUUGUAGAACACCUGAGAUAUAUUCAUCUGGUUACAACAUCAGAAUCCUCAUCCUACAAGAACCAAAUGACUCUGUUGUUUUUAGACCUCAAGAUUUCUGAUCUUCCGGCGAACAAGAAAAUUAUUGCUGGAAAUGAUAUUGCCAAAAAACUAAUAGAAAAUUUAUGGCAGAGAGGUAGGAAUUUUCUGAAAUAA